UCAGUUACGCGGCUCGCUAUUGGCUGCCGAGACGGGCCAAUGAGAGGCGGCGUAUGAGCGAGGUCCGGAUGCCCAUGUGAGGUUGUGCUGCCCGGCUGUGAAGAUGCUGCGACGCCAGGCCCGGCUGCGGAGGGAGUACCUGUACAGGAAGGAGCUGGAGGACAGGGCGCGCACCAUUGAUGAGAAGAAGCAGCGGCUGAAGCAGGCGCUGGACGAAAACCGACUGAUCCCCACAGAGGUUCGCAAGGAGGCCCUGAAGCUGCAGAAGCUGACCGAGUAUGACGAUGAAGGGGCAGAAGGUGUCAACUCGCACAUGGAUGACGAGUACAAGUGGGCCGGAGUGGAGGACCCCAAAAUCAUGAUCACCACGUCCCGGGACCCCAGCUCCCGGCUCAAGAUGUUUGCCAAGGAGAUGAAGCUGAUCUUCCCCAGCGCCCAGCGGAUGAACAGGGGAAACCACGAGGUGGUGACGCUGGUGAAGGCCUGCAGGGCCAACGAGGUCACCGACCUGGUCAUCCUGCACGAGACCCGGGGGCAGCCAGAUGGGAUGAUCGUGUGCCACCUGCCCUUCGGCCCCACUGCCUACUUCACCCUCUACAACGUGGUGAUGAGACACGACAUCCCCGACAUCGGCACCAUGUCCGAGGCCUUCCCCCACCUCAUCUUCCACAACUUCACCUCCCGCCUGGGCAAGAGGGUGUCCGAUAUCCUCAAGUACCUGUUUCCAGUGCCUAAAGACGAGAGCAGGAGAGUCGUCACCUUCUCCAACCAGGAGGACUACAUCUCGUUCAGGCAUCAUACGUACAAGAAGACGGACCACAGGAACGGGAGACAGAAUAACCCUGCAGCCAUGUUUGUUCCAGUGUACAUGAUCAAGCUGGGGACCCUGGAGAACGAGAGCACUGCGGACGUGGAGUGGCGCCUCCACCCCUACACACACACUGCCAAGAAGAGGAAGUUCCUCAGUGUGGAGUAGAGUCCUGGAGCCACAGCCCUGCAGCCGGAUCCCGGGAGCCCGUGUCCAGUGUUCAGUGGGAACCAGCCAAAUGGACAGCCUGCUCUCUUAUAGUCUUACCCUGCACAAACGAAAACUAACAUCUGAAUUAGCAUAAACAUCCAGGGAGACAUUCUAUAGACUUGUAUGACUUUCUGUAUUGUAUGAGAAGAACAUCGGAUGUGUUUCUCAGUGCUUGAUGCUUUCAGCUUAUAUGUACUUGAGGAGGCUCUUCCUGUAGCCUUUUGACAGGUUAUUAAAACUCGUUUAGUUUGACCACUCCUUCCUGCAGGAUCGCUCUAGGCUGCGAGACUUGGCUUGUGAUCUGUUCUUAAGCACAGAAUUGUUAAGCUCUUGGCCAUUUGUUUGUGUAAUUGUAUUAUCCAAUUGUGAAGGCCAUUUGUAACCAGGACUGAGCUUCACGGAUGGCACAAUUUCUGUGUAAAAUAUCCUGGUAGGUUAAGUUUUAAUUAGGACCAAAACCUUCACUCUCAACAGAAUUGCAUUCUUUUCAAUCAGCUGUUUCUGUGUUAAUCGUGCUCCUGGCAAGAGCAUCUUUUCUGCUAUUAUUAAUCUUCUCCCUGGCUGGGUGUUUGUUAACGUUGAAGGUCUUAGUGACAAACAGAAGUCAAAGUAAAGAUAUCUUGCAUUAUUUA